CUGGCAGGAGAAGGUGGCGGCCUCUGCGUCAGGAGAAAGAUGACAAGGCAGGUACUACCUUGGGGCACAGUUCUCUUUCUCCUGACGACAUCAGCUGCCGUUGCCGCCGCCGUCGUCCUUGGGGGGGACCUAACACCGGGGGAAUAUAAUGUUGCUCCUCGAAGUGCAAACUGCACAGAGUCGACGAUGCCCGUAAAGACAGUAAACCCUGACAGUACCAUAGGAUACGAGUGGUGUCGUAUGACCAGAUGGCAGUGUCACCUUCUGUGCCGAGGUCGCAGGCGUCGCCACUUCUUAAUCACGAACUCGACCAUGUGCACGUGUUCGGACACCGCCGAGCCAGGCUACAGCGUGUGAGUUUGCUCUAUCCGAAUGCAGGUCGUUGGACUCAGUUACGAAAGGGUUAAGAUGAAGGGUGAAAGAUGAGGUGUUCUAGAACAGUGGUUGCCAACCUCUUCUCUUCAAUAACCCCCAGAAGUAUAUAAUAGUCCUCAUAUCCCUGUUCAGUGUAUUUACGAAAGGUUUAAGAUGAGUAAUGAAGAAUCAGGUGUUAUAGAAUAGUGCUUGCUAAGCUUUUCUAUUCUGUGGUUCCUGAAUAAUAUUUAUAUUAACCUCCAUGGGGCCAUGGAGAUUAAUAUAUGCAAU